GCUUGUAAUGAAGUCUGGUGAAAUAAUUCACAACAUGAAUGACGACACGUCUCUUUCAUCUGAGGACGAGGAACAGACCUCCAAGAUUAUAGAGAAUGAUCCAACAGGUCGUUUUAGUAAGGUAUUAAAAUGAUAACAUAAUUUGUAGUACAAUGAAGAAAUUGGAAAAGGCGCCUAUAAGAGUGUUUACAGAGGAUAUGACAAUGAAAGUGGAUGCGAAGUAGCAUGGAAUGUGUUUUAAUUGAUGAAUGUUUCUGAGAGUAAUUUUAUAAUUCAUAUUAUCUUUAGACGAAAUAAGAAGAGCCAGAUAAGAGAUAACAAUAUUGAAAACAUUGAAACACAAGAACAUCAUUAAUUUUAUACAUUCAUGGCAGAGUAGAUCGAAGAGGGAAAUCGUAUUCAUAACCGAAAUUGUUAAUGGAGGAUCGUUGAAAAAGUAAGUUUCAAAGCAUUAUCAGGCAGUUACCUCAGGAGAAUCACAAGACCUAAGCUAAAAGUCAUAAGAUAUUGGUGUAAACAGAUCUUGGAAGGAUUGGAAUACAUGCAUUAACAAAACAUUAUCCACAGAGAUUUGAAAUGCGAAAAUAUCUUGAUUGACACAAACAACAACGAAUUAAAGAUAGGUGAUCUUGGCCUAUCGAUUUAGUAAUAAUUCAAAAUUUAUUAAGAGAAUGCAAUCGAAUAAUACUAAUUCAGUAUUGGGAACACCAGAAUUUAUGGCACCUGAAAUUUAUCAUGGAAAUUAUGAUACCAAGGUUGAUAUCUAUGCUUUCGGAAUGUGCAUUCUGGAAAUAGUGACUGGCAUGAAACCUUUUUGUGAGUGCAAAGGUGGAACUGGUUAAGUCAUCAAAAAGGUUAUGGAAUCUCAAAAACCUUAGAGUUUAGAAGGCAUCCUCAAUGAAAAGAUUAAAUCCAUCAUUUUAGAGUAAGAUUACUUCAUUUAUCUUAGGUGUCUCAAACCUGCAAAUGAGAGACCGACUGCUACUCAACUGUUGAAUCAAUAUUUUUAAUCCUCCAACAUUGAUGAAGACAAUUGUCCUGUCUAAUUAAAUGAGUCACUUCUGAACUAGAUCUCCCAUGACAGCAAAAGUAAUUCUUCUCUCUAUUUAAUAGACUCCUCCUUCUUCAAGAAUAACCUAUCUAAAAACAUCAGUGAAGUCAAAGGAACUACUAACAAUCACAUCAAUAAUAACCUUACUAACUAACCAAAUAAACUAAUUCUCUUUCAGGAAUACAAUCCUAAUUCAAUGAAACAAUCUGAAGUAAGACAUUGUGAAUAAUAAAAUAAGUUAAGCAUGGAUACUGCUGAUGAUUUCUCAAUUGAGUAAUAAUUCGGCAAGCAAUACAAAGAAUAUUAUGUACAAUUUUAUUGUUAUUCUAGAUCACUCAAAAUGACGAAACCCUGUUAGAUUUAGAAUAAAGACAAGAGAGAGAAUUACAAUUAUUACUGACUUUGCAUAAACAACAAAAAGCUGAUCUCUCGAAUAAGCUUUAAUAAACAAAUAGAUCUAUUAUCCCAUAUGGAUCGGGGUUUUUAUCACCGAAAUCAUUCUCCACCUUAUUUGAAUUCAACAAUGAUUAACUUCAACAAUUAUAAGGAAACCAAUAGCAAUCUCAAAUAUUGAAAGUCUUUCCCGUAAGUGAAAGUACAAAUUCAGAAGAAACUGGAAGAAAACCAAGCAACAAAGAAGAUGAUUUGAACAUGAUUUAAUCAGUAAGUUUUAAUUUAAUCCAUUAGAAACAACCAUGUAAAUUGUCUACAGAUGUUGUUGUGUAAUCGAAAGUUUACAAUGUCAAAACUCCUAUUUAAGGUUGAAUAUUAACAUCACUUAAAUGUUAAUAUUGACUAUUUAUUUAUAAAUACAAUUUCUACAAAUAAUAU